GUACAGCCUCUAUAAGUACCGAGUCGCUUCCGGUAGCCGCGGUGCUGCGGCUGUUUCUGUGCGUUCCUGGUGGUCUUUGCAGCUCGUGCUUGCGGUGAUGCCUGAGCCGGCAAAAUCUGCCCCGGCGCCCAAGAAGGGCUCAAAGAAAGCCGUCACCAAAGCCCAGAAGAAGGACGGUAAGAAGCGCAAGCGCAGCCGCAAGGAGAGCUAUUCCAUCUACGUGUACAAGGUGCUGAAGCAGGUGCACCCGGACACCGGCAUCUCGUCCAAGGCCAUGGGCAUCAUGAACUCGUUCGUCAACGACAUCUUCGAGCGCAUCGCGGGCGAAGCGUCGCGCCUGGCGCAUUACAACAAGCGCUCGACCAUCACGUCUCGGGAGAUCCAGACGGCCGUGCGCCUGCUGCUGCCCGGCGAGCUGGCCAAGCACGCUGUGUCCGAGGGCACCAAGGCGGUCACCAAGUACACCAGCUCCAAGUGAGUCCCCGCUGGGACGCGGCGCUCGCCCGAGUCGCCGGGCCGCUUGACUUUCCAAAGGCUCUUUUCAGAGCCACCCACCUCCUCAGUGGAAGAAGCUGUUCUCUUGUUUUACACGGGUCUUAUGUAGCUCUACUUUGCCUUUUGGUUUUCUCAUCUAGUUAACGUUAAUAGUGUUCAUAUAUUCGUUAAGUGCAAACACCCAUUUAUUUUAGAUGUGAUGGCAUAGCUAUGCUUACCUAGUUUGGAAGAAACGGGGCAUAGAUGUGCUGAGUCAGAGAACUGCUCUUGAAACUCUUUCGAUGCUGCUGCUUUUAUGAACUUACGUAUGUAAGAUAGGUUUGAAUAUCAAAGGUGCAACCUUCUGGUGUUUGCAAGUGGUAAAAUAGUGAUGGUACUUAAUUUUUUGUGUUAUGUGCUUUGUGUUGUUCACAAAAAAGUGGAUAACUUACACUUGGUAGUAAUAAAUUUCUUGCGUUUGUGUAUCUUGCAUUCACAAGCACCUGCG